UACCCUCUAUCCAGAGAGACAGUUCGAAGACACCUAAAGACCACCUUUAUGGCAAAAUCUUACAAAAGGCCCCAGGAACAGCUCCUCUUGCAGCAGAUGAAGGAAGCCCGAUUGUGGUUUGCCAGGAAUCGCAAAAUUAGACCAUCAAAGAAUGGAGGCGAGUCUUAUGGAGGGACGAAAGCUACUUCUACCUUUUCCCUUUAAAGCAUUCAUCUACCGACCGUGCUUGGCCAUUCAACAAGGGGGAUGUUCCUUCAACCAACACUAUCAAGCAUUCUCCCAAAUUAAUGCAAAAGAAGGCCUCGAUGCCAUACCCAGGAGGCUGAAAACAGGUGGAAUUCGGAAGCACCGCUUGCUGCCAUCAAUGUCCGAUGCAAUUUUCAUGCAAUGGCCUAGCAACUCACCAAACCUCAAUCCCGCCCCCCAAAAACUUGUGGUCCAUCAUGAAAGAGGAAGUCGCCAAACUUCCACCAUCCCCCAGCUUGCCCUAAUUUUGAAGACCACUUACAAAGACUUUGGAGGCAUGAACAACCCGGAGUAUUUCUUCUUGACAUCGUCCAUGGAUGGGGCUCGUGCCAAAUUAGGAAGGCCUCCUUUACCGCCCCAAAACGAAUCUCAAGGCCCAUCAGCUGGCGUUUCUGAGGCUAAGAUCGUCUCCAAAGGCAUAAAUAUAGCGGGGAGAGUGAGCAAAUUUGAGAAAUUUGCUAGAGACUCUCGCCAAAGUGAGUCUACGGAGAGCCUUGAAAAUCAGUUAUGGUUCUAUAAAGAUGGUGUUCGUUCACGAUCGGCUUCAAAUUCGAAGAGGACCAAAGUGGACGUGGGUUCAAUAACUCGAUCCAAAUCCGUGACCUCUUCUGACUUGGCCUUUUCCAACGUAUCUUUAGUUCGGAUUAGCUCGAGUGAAAUACAAGUUCCCAAAUCCCCCGUGCUUGUGCAUCGCAAUUCCAUGGAGAGGUCUCAAGGUCAGAGUUGGGAAUCCUCAUCACCAAAAUUGACGGCGAGUUGUGAUAGUGGCCGAAACUCAAGUGGAGAUUCCCCUGAACCCGGAUUGCCUCCUAAAAGACCUCCCAGAAAAGAUAAUCGUGCAAGAUCGUGCUCCAACAAGACUGAAAGGCCAAUUCCUCCUCCGAGAACCAAAAGCCCUGCCCAGAAAAAGGAAGCUGUGCAACGACAACAGCAGCAACAACAACAACAACAACAACAACAACAACAACAACAACAAAAAGUUCUGGAGAAGAGUGCCAACACCGAAGACGAUGCCAAGAGUGGCCAUAAUCGAGGCAUCGAGAAGUUGAAACGUCAAUUCUUUGAACAAAGAGUGGGAUGCGGGAGUCCAGACUCCUCCACCUUUACAUUGACUUGUGACAUUGAUUGAAACCCUCACCGUAAUAUCACAACCGUCAUCGGUUCACUCCACCUUUGCUUUGCUCUGGAUCUCGUGAUUUUUUAAUUUCAACCAUUUUCACAAUGGCACUAAUUACACAUUAGUGCACACCCUGGCGAAAGACCAAUCCCAAUGAUACGGACCAAAGGAUGUCGAUUUCAAUGAUUCCCUGUUCUCAAAACAAGUCAUCAGAGCCCCCAACUUUGGCUCCUCUAACGAAGAUGACCUUCUGAAACGACUGCUGUGGUUUACUAAUUCAAGAUAUUGGGUGGUAAGGGGAAGAAGCCAAACUGAAUGCCUAUAAUCUUUCAAAUUUUGUAAUCACAUUGACUUCCACCCACAAGCGAGAAGCUAUUGGUCAUCCAGGCUUCAAAGAUGUGAGGAAUCGUUUCAAAACACCAUUAAUCAUUGUUCUCUAUUCGUCUAUUAUUCAUCCACCUCUUGAAAAGUAGGAAAUGGCCCGGCCAAUUCGAAAUAGGAAACGAGUGUUCGUGAUUUUUUGAGCACCUGUUCCGUGAUUUAAACUCUUUGACUAAGCUCUUGAGUGAUCGGAGCCCAUUUUUUUAAGCCAUGGGGUGAAUCUUAGAUCGAGAAAAGCUCGUACUACACUGCAUAUGUUGGAUCUUUUCUCGAUCUUAGAUUCACUCCUUGCCUUUAAAAAAAACGGGCUCGGGUCUCGGACAUUUUUUUAAUAUUUUCCCUCAUGCUUAACGAUCAGUAGCUUCCAAAAACCAACAUGGGAGCCCUCCAAAAAAUAAACAGAACUUUGUUUGUUAGCCAGAAUUACAUUUUUCUUUCUUUUUGACAAAUUCGUAGAAAUGGAGUAAAGAUAUAUCUGGGAAACAGGUGGUCCUUCAAGAUAACCGUUAUGAGGCCAUCAAGCAAAAACAUUAAAAGAUACUGUGGAAGGAAAAUUCCUGUCUCCAACAUAGAAGGGCUAAAACCAAGAUUGUUAUAUAUAUAGGCUUAAACUCAAAGUGUUUCCAGUAAAGCGUAUCCUCAACAAAUCAUGUUUCUUGGCAUUGUUUGUCUUUGGACUGAUUCCCUCAGUUGACAUUGACUUAGAGGAAACGAAGCAAUAAUCUUGAUCGACCAUACUCUAAAAAGACAAAAGAGUUUCAUAUCUUUCAACCUCGCUUUUGAAUGGAGUAACGCAUUUCCACUCGUCGUUCUGACUUUUGCACCUACAUGGUUUGACCCAAACAAGAGGGCUUCUCCAAAUACCUCUCAAACUUGAACCAUGAAACAGGUUGAGAGCACUAGUUCUACGGUGCGGUUCGUCAUUGUGUGGUUACAUCGAGGACUACGUGACUUUAUGUUCUGAGAAUUGAACUGGCACACAUCCGAAAUCAAGGAACGAGACUUGGCAAGUUAAAAUGCUAUUCAAACUGAAAUAUGUGUAGAGAACUUAAUAAACAUAUACUGUAUUAACCCCACAUUUUAGCAUCGUGUCUUAAUGUGGCGGGAAGAAUGGUGCAAUUGAGUGUAUUUCUUGGUUUCCUGGACAUUACCACAUUUAUUGGUCAAUUGAUGGCAUUCCUGUACCAGUUCAAUACCACUUAUGUGACAUUACUGCGUUAAAGAUAUUUUAUCAACUAACGACUAAAAAUUGGUUGCCAUCCUUUAAGUUUAAAAUAAUGCGGUGUUGGGUUGCAUGAUUUUGAAACCAGCAAGCUUCAUGAAUUACCGAUAUACCUUUCAUGCAUUGAUAUUACGUGUAUGGUAAUUUGAUUCACAUCUAAAGACCCAAGGACUGUAAUGGUCCCGUUCAAAAUGCAUGUUAUCUUACAAGUUAAAUCUCCGUUGCAACAAACACCCGGGACGAGUUCUUCAGAGUUCUUACUUCGUGGAGAUAGGCGCUUGGAACUUAUCCAGCAUGAAAAUACUCCUACCAAUGUUCGCG